AACCCCCUGCGACAUACUUACCAAAUGAAGCGUUUAGGACAGUACAAAAAUGAAGAUACGUUAGUUUAAGAUAACAUUUGGUCCAGGGCUGGCAAAAUGAAGACGCUUCUGGUAUUCUUUGGUUUUCUGGCAUUGGCUUGGUGCAACCAUGAAGCAUUUGAUGAAGAUGAGUUUAACGAUGUAAAUCGUGAUGCCUUUACUGUUGAAAAUCGUCUAAACGACUUCAACCAGAUUGACGAUGACGAUGACGAUGAAGAUGAAGAUGAGAAACAAAAGAAGCCAUGCAUUCUCACAAACAAGUACCGAUACGAUCAUUGCGGACGUAAAUGCCACGUCUUCAAUGGGCGUCUUGUCGAGUGCACUCGCAUCAGAAAGGAUUUUGAAUCUAUGUCAAAAGCAGAACAGAUUCGUUUCAUUAGAGCCUUCAAAAUCAUUUCCACUCACAGGAGAUACAGACCGGCUUAUGUGAGACUGAUCAAAUUACACGAAAAAAACUUCAUGAAGGGUAUCCACACGAAAGAACAGUUCUUCCCAUGGCACAGAUGGUUCAACCUGCAGUUGGAGAAUAUGCUGAGAAAAGUCGAUUGUAAAGUAACCUUGCCAUACUGGGAUUGGAGUAUUUGGUCACAUGAUCCUUGGAACAGGGAAAGAAUCUGGGGACCUGUUUAUGGACUUGGAGGAAACGGUCGAAAGAGCGAUGAAUGUGUGACAGACGGCCCAUUCCGUGUUGGUAGUUGGAAGACAGCAUCAGGCCAUUGCUUGAAAAGGUCGUUCAACGGAAAACCACCAGAUGCCGAUGAAAUCGCCAUUGCGACCAAAGAACCAAACUUUGACAAGUUUGAAGUCAUGGCCAGAAUCACAAUUCACGAGGGAAUGCAUUGCUUUAUUAACGGAACGAUGUGCUCAGGAAAGGCAGCAGAGGCUCCAGAGUUUUUCCUUCAUCAUGGAUUUGUUGACAAGAUGUGGGCCGAUUACCAAAAGCAAGGAUCCUAUCACAAGAAUGCGUUUUUCCCAUCAAUCAAAAAGAAAAUGACUGUCACAAAAUACUACCCCAAGGACUUGAUUGACAACUUGAGCCUUCCUGGAGGCGUUCGCGUUGAAUAUCAAGACCCUACUACUAAUUCAGCCAAGAAGAUCAGGAAUUUUUUGAGGGUUCUGAGCUUCAAGCAGUUGGAACACCUUCAAAGAUUGGCAUUCUCACAGAAUCCUGGCUCAGCAAAGAAGCUGUUUAAUCUAUCAGCCAAUGAGCGAAAGUUUGCUGCUGGCCUUGAGAAAGAGUCAAUGCAGAAUGUUGAUAGCAAACGACGUGGUCAAAUCUUUGCAAGGACGCUCUCCUCCUUGGAGAGAGUUGAGGGAUUCUCCAUCCCAAGUUACUGCAAAAGCUAGACAAAGUCUAUUGAUGCAAGAAAGGAAGAAUCUUGUUGAAACUACAGUUUGUAAUCAUUUUACUUGUAUCGUUUAAUUUGCUUGCAUAUUUAAUUUUUUCCUUUAAAA